AUGGAUUUAGGCGCAACAGCGUUGAUGCCCAUAGCUGCGAAUUUCGGAGGCGCUACCCAAGGUUCGGUGGUCAAGAACGAGUUGGGGAAUGUCACGGGUAACGCACGUUCGAUUCGACCCCAAAGUCCGUCUCGAGAUUCCGACAGUGGAGGAGAGGACAGAAUGGGAGACCCGGACAAGCCGUCCAAGCAGAAGCGGCACCGGACCAGGUUUACACCAGCCCAGCUGAAUGAACUGGAGAGAAGUUUUGCCAAAACGCAUUACCCAGAUAUUUUCAUGAGGGAGGAAUUGGCGCUCAGGAUUGGCCUCACGGAGUCUCGUGUGCAGGUAUGGUUUCAAAAUCGUCGAGCAAAAUGGAAGAAAAGGAAGAAGACCACCAAUGUUUUCCGAACACCAGGCGCACUGUUGCCAAAUCCAGGGAUGUCCCCAUUCGGAACGAUGAAUGACGCUUUCUGCACGUUUCGUCCGACAGAUUCUCGAUGGUCGUCAAUUCCAAGCAUGACAUCCACUAUGAACGGGAAUCAUCUUGCCCUAACAUCAUCCUUGCCUCGACAAACACAUUUGGGUCAGUCUUUCGGGUCCCAAGUUCCUUUUACGGGUCUCCAGGAAGCUUGUUCCACAAUUGCAAGCAACAUUUCAAUGCCAAAUAACGGUGCUUCUCUACACAGUACUUGUUUUGGUGUUCCCUCAGUCAGCUGUGCUUCUCCUCUCUCGGCAAAUUCAAACUCCCCGCCAAUUUCUCAUCAGCAAAUGAACUGUGGGAUGCAGGAAGUGGAGGAUGCGUGGCGGGGAACCAGUAUAGCGGAACUGCGCCGGAAGGCUUUGGCACAUACAGCAACAUUAACAGGAUAUAGGUGAACACUUUUUUCACAUGUCACAAAUUGCAUUGAAAAUGGUGUGCAAAAUAGAUCUAAUUCAUAAAACGUGAAUUAUACACAUUCAUUAUUUAUUUAUUUUUUGAUUAUAGUUCGUUUCUUACCUCCCUCCAGUUAUUGCAAUACCGAUAGUGCAUCUAUUAAUUUAAACAUUUUAUUAACAAAUACAUGAAUGGGAUUGGGCAGCAGACACAGCCUAUUUUAGCCCUCUCCCUCUGUUGCAUCUAUGUGAGCAUAGCUGAAAUAGCUAGCAUUUAACUUCAGCGUAUAGCGGAACUUCCUUUUUUAUGGGUGAAGUACUGAAAUUUUUUAUUGCAUACACAAAUAUACAUGUUUAAGGGUUUAAUACAUGUAGUCGUAAUGAAAAACAUAGCUGAUUUGAAAAAUUGUAGAUUUAUGAUAAAAACAAUUCCUCACCUAAAAUCCGAAGUCUUUUAUUUACGACAUAUUCUAUGAAGUUCAGUGUAUAUAAGAUUUGUCAUCUCCUUCAGAAUAUUCGUUGAUUUGUCAAUUCUCUUGUAAUCAAAUUUGUUGUCGAUUCUUCUGUGAUUGUGAAUGAAGGCUAUAAUGUAAAGAUGUACAGGGAUGAUAUUAAUGAACGAACAAGACUUGGUGUUUAACUAUUAGGUUUCCGUCUUUGAAUAUGACUUUGAUUUUUGUUUCUUAGUUUUGUCAUCUCCAAUUUAAAACUAUCCUCAUUUCGUCUACGUAAUUGUUGUUAUUUUUCAUAUUUCAUAAUGCCUCAGUUGUAAAUGUAAUCUUGAACUUUUCGGAUGCGAUAAUUUGUUUUUCUUGAUAUCAAUGGUAACUUAUUGAGUGAGAUUGAUGUUUCAUAAUGCCUCAGUUGUAAAUGUAAUCUUGAACUUUUCGGAUGCGAUAAUUUGUUUUUCUUGAUAUCAAUGGUAACUUCUUGAGUGAGAUUGAUGAUUAUACCUGUGCCAUCUAUGUUGUAUUUUGAAGUUGAUGUUAUGUAUCACAUGUAUUAUGAAUGUACGCUACACAUUAUAAUGUCAUACAUAUUGAAGAUGCGGGAUAAAAAACAAA